GGACACUGCCCACACCUUGUACCAGACUCGCAGCCAGCGGGAGUUUGCGUGCGCAGUUUUCUCUCGCAUGAGUCGGGAGCGCACAGAGGGCGCACCGGUGUCAGUUUGCUCCAGCCCCUUGUAGCGGUCGGUCGCUGCUGAUUGCGUCUAGCAGCAGGAAUUUAGGGAGUGGAAAUUCCGCUUGUUACUUUCACGGCUCGCUUCGUAUUCCUGACAUUUCUGCUGUGACGGUCAGUCAGUCGCUGCGAACAGAGAGGCGGAGAGAGAGCUGGACUGAAAUAAGGAGUAAAGAUCUGGAGAGCAGCGCUCAGAUGUUCCUCGCUGUUGGUUUUCACUGAAUACCGGUUAGCUACUGAUUUCUCGCUUCUUCUUCUUUUAAAUGUUCCACUUGGAAGUACGUCUUUCGAUCCUGUGUUGGUGUCACAAGUGAGAGGUUUGAUAAAGAAUCGAGGGCGCACAGCUGCCACUUCUUCUGGAGAACGGAUCGGAUUUUUCCCUUUUUGAUUCUUCGUCUUGUUUCUUUUGGAUUAUUAUUUUUCCAGGAGAUGGCAAGUUGUUCCCUGACAGACACAGAGCUGUGGUGCUGAAGCUCGCAGGAUGCUGGGGAGCCUACAACAACCAGAUUUCUUACUUUGAGACAAUCUUCGCUUAUUUCCAUCUUUUGGACGUAAACCCAGCUGGACGUUUUCCCCUCUUUUGUCUUUAUUUUCUUUGACAGAAUGUCUGUUUUGUACAAUCUAAGGAUGCGUAGUGGAUUGCUAUUGUUCCUAUUCACCCAAGUCAUCCUGGUUGCUUCGUUGACUCAGACUGAUAAAUGCGGGGGGACUAUAGAGAUACACACCCCGGACUACCUGACCUCCCCGGGCUAUCCCGGCGCCUACCCGCCCUCCCAGCAGUGCGUGUGGGUGAUAACAGCCCCGGAGCCCGGUCAGAAGAUCCUCAUCAACUUCAAUCCGCAUUUUGAUCUGGAGGACAGAGACUGCAAGUACGACUUCGUGGAGGUUUACAACGGCGGGGAAGAGCUGUCCCCCAUGUUGGGGAAGUUUUGCGGGAAGAUCGCACCGUCUCCGAUCAUCUCCAGCGGCAGCCAGCUCCUCAUCAAGUUCGUGUCCGACUACGAGACACACGGGGCGGGAUUCUCUGUUCGCUACGAGGUCUUCAAGACAGGUCCAGAAUGUUCCAGGAACUUUACGGCUCCCAGAGGCGUCAUCAAGACCCCGGGCUUCCCUGAGAAGUACCCCAACAACCUGGACUGCACCUUCAUGAUCUUCGCCCCCAAGAUGUCUGAGAUCGUGGUGGAGUUCGACAGCUUCGACAUGGAGCCCGACACCACGCCGCCGCCGGGCGCCCUCUGCCGAUACGACUGGCUGGAGAUCUGGGACGGCUUCCCUGCAGUGGGUCCCCACAUCGGCCGGUACUGUGGCCAGACAUCCCCGGGCCGUGUGAUCUCCUACACCGGCAUCCUGUCCAUGACCAUCACCACUGACAACGCCAUCGCCAGAGAGGGAUUCUCUGCCAACUACACCAUCCGCGAGAGGGUCCUCCCCCCGGGACACGAAGAUGAGGAUUUUGCCUGUCUGGAACCACUGGGCAUGGAGUCGGAGGAAAUUUCCUCCGAGCACAUCAGCGCCUCGUCCCAGUAUAACCCCAACUGGUCCCCCGAGCGCUCGCGCCUCAACUACCAUGAGAACGGCUGGACGCCCUCAGAUGACACCGUCAGGGAGUACAUACAGGUGGAUUUGGGAUUUCUCCGAUUCGUCACAGCCAUCGGGACGCAGGGAGCGAUCUCAAAAGAGACCAAGAAGCACUACUACGUUCGCUCGUACAAAGUGGACGUGAGCUCCAACGGAGAGGACUGGGUCACCGUGAAGGAGGGCUCAAGGCAGAAGCUCUUCCAGGGGAAUCACAACCCGACAGACGAGGCUCGCUCCUUCCUCCCCAAACAGACUCUGGCUCGCUACAUCCGCGUGCGCCCCAUGUCCUGGGAGCAAGGCAUCUGCAUGCGCUUUGAGAUCUACGGCUGCAGAACAUCAGACUACCCAUGUUCAGGGAUGUUGGGGAUGGUGUCCGGUCAGAUCUCAGAUGCUCAGAUCAGCGCCUCGUCGUACGCCGACCGGGGCUGGGUGGCUGAAAACGCCCGCUUGUUGACGGGCAGGUCGGGCUGGACCGGGCAGCAAACCAAGCAGCCCUUCAGAAACGAGUGGCUGCAGGUCGAUCUGGGCCAGGACAAGAUGGUGAGCGGCGUGGUGAUCCAGGGAGGGAAACACCGUGACAAGAACGUCUUUAUGAAGAGGUUCAGGGUGGGACACAGCCUCGACGGAGAGGAGUGGACCAUUCUCAAGGACAACACCACCAAGCCCAAGAUAUUCAUCGGGAACCAGAACCAAGACACCCCAGAGCUGAGGUCGACGGGCCCCCUCCUGACCCGCUUCGUCAGGAUCUACCCGGAGAGAGCCACCACCGAGGGCCUGGGCCUCCGGCUGGAGCUGCUGGGCUGUGAACUGGACGACAUAACGACUACGGCAGCUCCCACCACGCCCAUCGCCUCCACGCUUCCCAUGACCACGUUUGGAGCGACCACCACGGCGCCGAUCACCAUCCCCGGCACGACCCUGGGUACAGACUGCGAGGAAGGACGGCGGGACUGCGGCGUCGAGGUCGAGGUUCCCGAGGACUACGACAUCGUGAUGGCAGGAGGCACCACGGCGGCCGACCCCAUCAUGGACUUCAUACCAGCGUACGUGUGGUUCGCCUGUAACUUUGACUUCUCGUCGUUCUGCGGCUGGACCAGAGAGAGCGGGGCGGGGGCCGAGUGGUUCAUCAAGACCAACGGGGCUCUCACCGUCCACAGAGGGCCGACCCUCGACCACACAGGCGGGCCGGGGAACUUCAUCUACAUGCAGCUGGGUGACGCGGACGCACCGAGUAAAAUGGGCGAAGACGACGGUGCUGAGGAGAAGGUGGCGAGUUUGGCCAGCCUGCCCAUCACCGCGCCGGACGCCGACCUGUGCAUGUCCUUCUGGUACCACAUGUUCGGUGAACACGCGGGGGCGCUUCACAUCAAGCAGAGGAGGGAGGCGGAGGCGGGGCAGAUCCUGUGGACGGUCAGCGGGCACCAGGGCAGCCGGUGGAGGGAGGGACGAGUCCUACUGCCACACUCCGGUGUCUCAUAUCAGGUGGUCGUGGAAGGCGUGGCAGACCGACGCAGUGCAGGUCACAUAGCGGUGGACAACAUCCAGAUCAUAGAUGGACUCAGUGCUGAGGACUGCAAAGAUCCAGAAGCGCCAACGUCUCCGCCAACUGAGAUCUUCAUCCUACCGAUGGACUCCCUCUCACAGGACAACAGCGAGCUCGGCGGCCCGGGGAACAUGCUGAAGACCCUGGACCCCAUCCUCAUCACCAUCAUCGCCAUGUCCGCGCUGGGCGUCUUCCUCGGCGCCAUCUGCGGCGUCGUCCUGUACUGCGCCUGCUCGCAGGGCAGCAUGACAGACAGGAACUUAUCUGCCCUGGAAAACUAUAACUUUGAGCUGGUGGACGGUGUGAAGCUAAAGAAGGACAAGAUGAAUGGACAGAAUAACUAUUCAGAGGCGUGAGGCGGGAAGAGACACGGAGCUGCGGAUUGCUCCGCAAGGACACGUUGAUGCAGCCAAUCAAGUGGGAGAAACACGUGGGGGGGGGGGGCUGGAGCCACCAAUGGGACGGCAGGGUGGGCUGAAAGUGAGCCAAUGUAAUUUUUUUCUCAGGAGCGGCAGUGGAAAGGACUGACCUGCAGGGGGCACUGUGUAUAAAGAAUCUGUACAGCAACAAAAAAAAAAGAAAAGAAAAAGAAGAAACUAAGGAUUCUAUUUGUUUUUCGGCGUGAUUUGUUGAUUUCAUGUAAUCACGUGCUGGUGUCGAGACCAAUUCACAUGAAAGUAUCGUUUGUGUACUUUUAUGGAAUGUUAUGAUUUUUUGUUUUGACUUUCUUUUCUUCAGAUAUCAUAGUUGAUAAAGAGCGGAGUAUGGGAAGUUUGCUAUUCUGAAAUAUGGAUCUUUAGCUGGACGUGUGUGUGUGUGUGUGUGUGUGUGUGUGCAUGUGUGUGUGUGUGUGUGCAUGUGUGUGUGUGUGUGUAUGCGUCACAUUCAUAAACAUCUGCAUUUAAGCAUUUAUGGUGUCAGUCUAGCUGUAGAAGUGUUUGUGUACACUCAUGUUUAUCGUGUGUGUGUGUGUGUGUGUGUGUGUGUGUGUGUGUGUGUGUGUGUGUGUGUGUGUGUGUGUGUGUGUGUGUGUGAAGGCGGGUGCCGUGGUGACCCGUUGACCUGUGUCUAGUUCCAACAGUGCCUUUUUUUUCCUCAAAUGUUUCUGUUGCCUUGUUUUUCUGCUGGUUGUUUUCUCAUCGGCCGGCGCUCCGUCCGUCCAGGGUUCCUGCGCACAACACGUGAGGAAAAGUCCGGAAACUUUUCCAGAUUGUGAAUAUACAGCAACACUUAGUUUGUGCUGCAGUAGUGUACUGUCGAACAUCCCAUGUGUCGCUGUAGAUCUGUGUAGGAACAGCUUUUUGGGAAAACUAUGGAAGUUCAGGAUGGAAACUGUGUAGGAGCCCUGAAGGCCUCAUGUUCAUGGCACAUGACACAUCCAACAUAUUGUACAUAGGUUUUAAUAUAUUUGAGCGCCCUUUUUUCUAUAGAAAAAGACACCAGUGCCGCAGUAUCCUUUCUAUGUUGGAAUCACCCUAAUCUCUAAAAUGUACAGAAGAUAUUGGUUUUAACAGACAGAGACACAAACCUGUUGUUUGUGCUUCUUUUACAAAUGUUGCCAUUUUGUGAUUUUCUUUUUGUCGUCGUUUAGUUUCUGUUUGUGCUCUGGGAACAGGAAGGUUGUUACAACGACGGGAACGGCUUUGAGAUUAUAGAGCGAUGCCUCAGAGAUGCCUCGUGGCAAGUGAAGCUUUUGUACAGGGUAAAACGGACGACCUCAGUCCCACGGAGACGGAUUGAAAAUAUUCUCACUGCUAACGUUUCUCACUGGCACACAAGAUGACUGUUGAACCUUGAGGAGCGUGUCCAGCCAUCAGAAAGACCUCCGGCAGCGUCUUUUUAUUGAGCUGACAGGAUGUGGACGCUCUGAGCGCAGAAAUAAUGUUUGCCAGGACGAUGCUGUCGUGUGUUUUCUGUGUCGACUAUCAGAGGAGAAAGGAUUUAAAACUGCGGCCGAUCAUCCAAUUCUUGCCUCACAGUUCAAUAUUCUUGAGCUAAAGUGGCCAUAACGCACACACAGUGACGUAACAGUUUCCAUAACAGAAAUGAGUUUGCUAGCUAAUCGGAGCAGAGAGCCAACAGAAAUGCCUCGUGGAACUAUAGGGCUCGUUAUUUUCAUUUUUUAUCCAAAGAAAAAUCUGAAGUUUUGCAGUGAAAUCAACUUUCUGCUGCAGCUUUGUCCCCAUUUUACUUCCUUAGCUACAAAUAUUACUGUAACAUACACUCAUCAGUGCCGUCUUACAGCAGGAACUUCUCUGAAAUCAAUUCCUUUUUAAAGAAUCCUGAUAUUUCUCAAAGAAUAAUUGGUUAAAAACUGAAAACGAUGAGCCUUAUAAAUACUUACACUUAUAUGAAACUGCUUUUGUUGUGUUUCUGUGCAGGCGGGAGGAUUGAAAGACAGAAGUGUUACCGGUCAAUAACCACGUCAACCUCCAACAUGUUUUAUGUUAUGUUACAAUUAACAGGACAAUUCACGCUGAAGGUUCUUUUAUGCCGACAGAUACUUUAGAUUAAAAAGCCAUUAAGCAGGUAAUCAUAGUUUGACUUUUCAUUACGUUGACAUGUGGCAUCCAGUGAGCUCAAAGUGAGGAAAUCAGUUUGAGUUAAGUAACCGCCUGGUUGCAGUAACGGACAUUUUCAAUCAUAUCAAGGUGCUCUGACUGUUGUUCAUUAUCACACAGAAAUAUCAACCUCAUAUGUUUACAGUAACAGACACAAGAUUAUCUGACAGAAGGUGUUUUUAGAUGAAGCUUCCCCUUCAAAGGAGAAAGGAUGCUGCAGCACUCGACGUGAAAACAAAUGUUGCACUGAUAUAUUUAAAAAUAAAAAAAGAAUCUGUGUUUGUGCUGUUGAUUCAUGAAAAGAGAGCAAGAAGGAAGGCGAGGACAGUGUUAUCGUUGCUUCUUUUUAACACCGUUUGAAAUUUACAGAGAUGUUUUUCAUUCUCGAAAAAGCUUAUAUACGUCUCUGAAGCGUAACGACUUUAUUUACUUGGUAUAAUAUCACCUUGUUUUUGUACCGUCACUGAUGUACGUGCCAUUGUUUCAUUUUUUUUUUCUUUGUAUGACAAGAAGAAAUGUUUUUUUUGUUUAUUUUUUAAUACUGCUUCUGUAAUUUUGUUUUGCUGUCUCAGAUCCAGAAAAAACAAGAAAAGGAAAUAAGGAAGUAAGAAAAAAUGGAAAAGCAGUGAGGCCUUAAGUGACUAAAAGUAUUGUUUGUACUUUGACUUUCUGGUCAGCACCCAGACUCAUCCGUCUCUGUUGUCUCAGACUCUAUUACAUUCCAAAGAAUUGGAUCAAAUAAAUGUUUUAAGUAAAAGCUGA